GGAAGAUGCUCCGGACUAGUAACUACAGCCUGGUGAUCUCCCUGCAGUUCCUGCUGCUCGUCUAUGACCUCUUCGUCAACUCCUUCUCGGAGCUGCUCCGCACGGCCCCCGUCAUCCAGCUUGUGCUCUUCAUCAUCCAGGAUAUUGCCAUCCUCUUCAACAUCAUCAUCAUCUUCCUCAUGUUUUUCAACACCUUUGUCUUCCAAGCUGGCCUGGUCAACCUCCUCUUCCACAAGUUUAAAGGGACCAUUGUCCUGUCGGCGGCUUACCUGGUUCUGAGCAUCGCCUUCCAUGUCUGGGUCAUGAACCUGCGCUGGAAAAACGCCACCCACUUUGUGUGGACGGACGGGCUGCAGGCCCUCUUUGUGUUCCAGCGGCUGGUGGCCGUGCUGUACUGCUACUUCUACAAGAGGACGGCCUUGCACCUGGGUGACCCCCGCUUCUACCAGGACUCCCUAUGGCUGCGCAAGGAGUUUGCUCAGGUCCGCAGCUGAUGGCUUCCUCCAGGACCCAGAGCUAUGGCCGGUCCAUGGCUGCUCCCAGCUGGCUGGCAUGGUGCCCGCCGUUCCAUCUGUGCUCUCUAUCGGCUGUCUGAGAAGCCAGUGUCUCUCAAGCCUGGUCUUGCGCUCCAUCCCACGAACUAAACAGGCUGGAGAGGUCCCAUCAAGAGACGUGUCAUCCUUGCACCUGCUGCUUUCCUGGUUGCCCGCUCAGGCUCUCCCUCAUCUCCGAUACCUCAUUCCACUCCCCUCUUCCAGAUCAGCGAGCUACUCCUGCCCCUUUCUCUCUGGACCCAGCUGCAGCCUCUCUGAGGAGAGAUCCGAAGUGCCAACCAGGUUUGGCUGAGGACUCCUGUCCUGUAACUGCAGCGUGGCUCCUCUUCAUCCAGAACAAUCCUUCCUCCAGCCCUACGCACAGCUCACUCGCCGCCUGACCAAUGGGAUCCUGUCGGUAUUGGCUCCAUUUGGCCUCCGCUUUGCAUAUCUGGUGGGAUGAGAUGCCAGGACUCAGCCUGUCCUAGCCGCUCAACAUUAGGCCUGUCCUGGUGGUAGACCCUCCUUUUGUACCUGUGUAUUUUUGUAAAUUAUGAGACAAUAAAUUGGCUUCAUUUUCCAGAAA